UGUUUGAAUUGAUCAUGCAAGACUUUUACUGAUUACAUGUAACGUUCAUAGCUGUUUUAUCGAGUCCUUUUAUCAUAAUUUCUCUCUCUUUGAAUUAAAAAAUAAAGCAGAAAAGGUGAAGUCGAGUUUAAGUUAGUGUUCGGUCAUAUAUAACAUCGUAAGACUACCGUGCAAAACGAUCUAAAACCGUUCUAAUUAAACGUGCACUCAGCCUUACAUAUUGCAUACUCGUGGUUUUUACAAUUUGGUUGAAGUUUAGAUAGUCCUUUCCCGAUUAGAACCCAAUUUUCGUUUUUUUCUCCCCCUUGAUACUGUAAAUCUAUGUUAUUCUCAGUUUAAAAACUCAUUUUCAGUCAUGAGUUCAUAUUGAGCAGUUAUUUUCCCCCUGAAGUUAUCAUUAUCUGUCCUUGAAAUGCUGUUCCGAUUCCUGAAAAACACAUUCAUUUACCAAUUCUUCUAUCGGAGACUAGACCGCAUUAUUUUCAGCAGAUAUCGGAAUCUCAAGAGAAGGACUGUUGAAACCACCAUCAAUGGAGCUACGCAAGUUAAAAACACUGUACUCAAUGGCGGAGUCUUGGCUCUAGUGUCCGCUGCCAUUGUUUGGGUGUCGAUUUUCAUGUAUAUCGCUUUCUACUAUGCUUACAUGCCCUCGCUUUCGCACACCCGACCCAUUCACCUCCGUUUCAAAUCCUGCGAUGAAGCGAAAGGAAUAUGCAGUUUUCCGAAUGCUCAUGUGCAGUUGACAAAGAGACAACAAAUGUUGAUGGUUGGACAGGCCUACAAAAUCUACAUCAACCUAGAAAUGCCUGAAUCUCCCGCAAACAAAGAGUUGGGUAUGUUCAUGGUUUGUGCACUUAUGGUAGACAAGAAUCAAUUCCCAGCCUCCAAAUCCUGUCGCUCUGCUAUGCUUCAUUACCGGAGUCCAUUGUUGCACUUUUUAUCCACUGUCGUUAUGUCGCCAUUCCUAAUUUUUGGAUCCAUUGAAGAGAAACAAACACUGAAUCUAGAGCUUUAUUCUAAUUAUGAAGAAGAUCAGAGUCAUCCGGUGACAGAUGUUUACGUUGAAAUUCAGUCCAGACACAUUGAGCUGUACAGCGCCUCUCUCUUCAUCAUGGCUCACCUCCGUGGUCUUCGCUAUGUGAUGUUUCAUUGGCCAAUAUUUUCUGCCAUCGUGGGUGUUUCUUCCAACCUUUUCUGCAUUGUGUUUAUUUUUUCUCUGUCUUACUGGCGCUUGUACGGCUAUGAUGAUGAUCAUGGGCAUGAGUAUUUUUAUCACAUGCUAAGACGUAGAAAGUCUGAUGGGAACAUGAGUGAUUCAGAUGAUGAAAAGUCUGGCGAUGAACGACCUAAAUCCAGUAGCGGAGAAAGCAGCAAGUAUGUCACCGAGUUUGAUGUUUUGGAUAAAGACUCACCCUCUGAUGUUGGUGGAUCUUCAGGAACCUCUUAAACAUUGCAUCACUAUUCCUUUUGAUGGUGUCUAAGGUAACAGUGCUUUACUCAUAAUUUCUUUUCAUGUUCCCAAAAGUACAAAGAAACACAAAUCCUGAAAUUAUCCUGAAUCAAGCUCUCUACCAAAGACAAACGCUUAAUCUUUUUUUCAACAAUGUUUGGGUGGAAAUUUUCGUGUCGCAGAAUCAAUUUACCUUCCAUUGUCAGCAUUGCUCCGUAAUGGUUUUCAGGUGUUUAAGUCCGACUGAAUUUUUUUAUUUUGUUAGAUGUGCUGUCUUGUUAUUUUUGCUUUUUUUUCUAUGCAUAUUUUUAAAAACUAAUUUUAAGGCCGAAAAUUCUAUUUUAAGUCCUCUUGUUUCAAGUAAGCUUGAAACUCCUCAUUUUCUCCUCAUCUCAUAAAUUAUUGAAAAUCGUGAAUCUCGGCACCUAGGUUUUUCUCUAUUUUUCUUUUAUAAUUUUAUUAUUAUUUUAAGCUUUUAGUAAUUAGGUUUACACCUUUGAGACAUUCCUUUUUGUCUUGCUCUCCAUGCUUUUAUUUAAAAAAUGAAUAUUUUUAACACAACUCGAAAACCCGUCUCGAGAACCAAAUCCCAUCAGUUCUCACUCUAUUUACAAAUAGGCAUAGAUUGAUUAAUGGAAAAUUGAUUACAAUUUGUCUUCAUACCGUCAUAACAGGAGACCAAUUUCUUUCUAAAUUUUGUAAGAUACAGGUAAAACUUUUCUGGAUUAUUUUGUCCCGCAUAUAUUUUUUACCAAUACUCAAUCAUUAGUUUUACUGCCUUUUCAAAUGAUGAUAUUUUCACACUGCAAGGCCUCGCAUUCUUUUUGCAUGCAGCUUGUCUAAAUUUUUUAAGUUAUGAAUUUUAUACUCAUGAUGAAAUAAUAUUUUAAUUCCCAUCAAGAUCGAAUAAUGUAAGGCCUACAAAUAAUUAUUUUUUGAACAAAUGAGUUUAUGUGAUCAGGCAAGACACUUCUUGAAGUUUUCAAACCUUUUGAGUGAUUGAAGUAUUCUUUGGUAAAGGAGCUCUGAAUACCCCGGCGUGAUGAGUAUUGUUAAAUAAAGUUCGAAAAUGCAAGGCUGUUCGAUUCAUUCAAUGUACUUGAAUGAGAAAACGCUUAAUUUCAAAACACUAAUUUUUAUUAUUGCGGUAUUUUUUAUUGGAAUUUAAAUUUUGAAAAUUAGCAGUAAAUACAAGACCAUCAACCUAGAAUGACAGAUAGACAUAUAAUUUAGUGCAGAGUGAUACUGUAAAAGAACGUUUCAUCGGCUUUUCACUGGCUUUCAUCAUUCUUAGCAGGUAUUUUAUUGAAAGUUACAUUUACUCUCACAGAAUUUGAAGGACAACGUUUUAUCUUAAGGUGUUUUUCUCGUUGCACAUGUUGAGCAAAAAAAACUACUGACUGCUCAUAGCAAUCCUCCUUAAUAUCAUUGAUUACGAGAGUUUCUCUCAUUGCUUCUCUACUUUCCAUAAAGAAUUCUCUAGUCAUUUUAUCAAUGUAUCCUAAACACUCCUUUCUCGUACCUUUCAACUUAUUUAGAUUUUGCCUAACAAAAUUAUUAUUAUAACCGGUUUUUAAUGUAAGUCGUGAAACAGAAUUGCAAGUAAAAUUUGUUUCUUUUAUAUUUCCAAAGAUUAAUCGUUCCUAAUUAACGAAACACUGUAUCACCACCAGUAAGUUAAUUUUAACCUAGCAUUUAUUUACUUUUAAGUUUUUUUUACAAAAAAAAAAGGCAUUUAAUACUUAAUUUUUAUUAAUUUUGAUAAUUUUAGAGUUACAAUUAACUUACGAGAGAUUCCAGUGCAUUCUGUUCUCACAAUUGAUGAAUUACUGAAUCAUAUUCUUCUGUUGUGCCUUUAUCUUUUACAAAUCAAUUGUAUGAAUUGUUAAUUUGUUAUUAAAUUGAAUUUAUUUUCUUAAA